AUGGAAAGGUUAGACCCCUCAGAGGGUCUUAUGGAUGGAGUGGAAAUUGAUGUAGAGGUUCCUGAUACGACAGACGACGAAGAUGAAGACGACGACGAAGAUGAGGACGACGACGAAGAUGAGGACGACGACGAAGAUGAGGACAACGACGAAGAUGAGGACGAUGACGAAGAAGAGGACGAUGACGAAGAAGAGGAUGACUACGAAGAUGAGGACGAUGAUGAAGAAAAGGACGACAACGAAGAAGAGAACGACGACGAAAAUGAGGACGACGACGAAGAAGAGAACGAGGAUGAAGAAGAGGAUGACUACGAAGAUGAGGACGAUGAUGAAGAAGAGGACGACGACGAAGAAGAGGACGACGACGAAGAAGAGGAUGACUAUGAAGAUGAGGACGAUGAUGAAAAAGAGGACGAUGAUGAAAAAGAGGACGAUGAUGAAGAUGAGGACGACGACGAAGAUGAGGAUGAUGACAAAGAAGAGGACGACGAUGAAGAAGAGAACGAGGACGAAGAUGAGGACGAUGAUGAAGAAGAGGACGACGACGAAGAUGAGGACGACGACGAAGAUAAGGACGACGACGAAGAUGAGGACGACGACGAAGAAGAGGACGACGAAGAAGAGGACGACGACGAAGAAGAGAACGACAACGAAGAAGAGAACGACAACGAAGAAGAGAACGAGGAUGAAGAAGAGGACGACGAAGAAGAGGACGACGACGAAGAAGAGAACGACAACGAAGAAGAGAACGAGGAUGAAGAAGAGGACGACGACGAAGAAGAGAACGAGGAUGAAGAAGAGGACGACGACGAAGAUGAGGACGAUGAUGAAGAAGAGGACGACGACGAAGAAGAGGACGACGAUGAAGAUGAGGACGACGACGAAGAAGAGGACGAGGACACGACGUUGAGGAGGAGGAAAAGGCGCGAAGCAAACGGAAGCGGUGUAAAGUGGAGCGGUUGGUGUUCGAUAAGGCCUGUUUCGGUCGAACUAGCAACUCCAGACUCAGACCCGCGCAUUCUCAUAAGAUUACCAUAA